GUGUACCCCCCGAACGCACAGACGCGUCGACUUACGUCCCAAUGACCCUCCCAAGUCUAUUGUUCAGCUCUCUUCCUGGCGAUGCAGAACCUCACGGUCUGCUCUCGGCCCACCCUCCUCGAUCCAACAGCGGGUCCAUGCCACGAUCAUAUUGGGGACAAGGCCAUCGCCCGGCAGAGCCCUCGCCGUCACAUUACGGCGCGUACACGAACCACGGCGUGUACAGUCGCCCAGCAUCCGCCACCCCAUCCUCGUCGUCGAACCACUCCAACUCGUACAUCCACAGCCCGUUGCCACCGCUCUCCACGCUCGUCGCCGAUGUGUUCCCGCCCACGCAGCAGCCGCCGAGCAUCGAUCUGAGCGGGCUGAUUCCCAUGUAUGACGCGCCUCCGACGAGUUCUCGGAGCCAUGAUAUCGCGGAUUUGGCGUACGGAAGUAAUGCACACAACGAGUCCUGGGGAGGAGCAGGCUACGAGCGGGUCACCUCCUCGUCCCUGUGGCACGACGCGCAUCUCUCCCCGCACCAGUGGAAUGGCCCUGCGCUGCAUAGUGCGCACGGCGGUGCCUACUCGCCGUACUCCCCGCCGUCGCCGUACUCGUCCUCGACAUCCUCCGCGUCCUCGUCCUCCCCGUCCGGCUACUUCCUCCCGCCCACGCUCCCCGAUCCCACGUCGGCCCCGCUGGUGACACCGCGGCGGCGGUCGAGCGCGGGCGGCGCGGGGGACGAGAAGAAGGUGUGCUCGCACUGCGCGGCGACGGCGACACCGCUCUGGCGGCGGGACCCGUCGACGCAGCGGACGCUGUGCAACGCGUGCGGGCU